AAACCAUCCGAGAUGGCCGAGAAGAGCAAGGUCCUGGUGAUCGGAGGCACUGGAUAUAUCGGAAAGUUCAUCGUGGAAGCGAGUGCUAAGUCCGGUCACCCUACCUUCGCUCUCGUGAGGGAGUCCACUCUCUCCAACCCCGCCAAGGCCAACAUCGUCGAAGGUUUCAAGAGCUUAGGCGUCGAUCUUGUUCAUGGAGACAUAUACGAUCAAGAGAGUCUACUGAAUGCGAUUAAGCAGGUUGAUGUGGUAAUCUCUACUGUUGGGAUAGAACAACUAGAGGACCAAGACAAGAUCGUUGCCGCCGUCAAAGCAGCCGGGAAUAUCAAGAGAUUCUUGCCUUCAGAGUUUGGACGUGAUGUGGAUUGUGUCCAUGCUGUGGAGCCAGCAAAAGCUAUGUUUGCUAUCAAGGCCAAGAUCCGCCGCCUUGUUGAGGCCGAGGGAAUCCCUUAUACCUAUGUGUCUUCUAACUCUUUUGCAGGUUGGUUCCUCCCAACAUUGGCACAGCCCGGGGUUACAGCUCCCCCUAGAGAUAAAGUUGUCAUCUUAGGGGAUGGAAAUACAAAAGCGGUGUUUAACAGGGAGAUUGACAUCGGCACCUAUACCAUCAAAGCUGUGGAUGAUCCGAGGACCCUAAACAAACUUCUGUACAUCAAACCUCCUGCCAACACCUACUCGAUUAAUGAUCUCGUGUAUUUGUGGGAGAGAAAGAUCGGCAAGACCCUGGAGAGGGUUUAUGUUCCAGAGGAGCAGGUUCUGAAGAACAUUCAAGAGGCGGCAUUUCCACUCAAUCUGAUGUUGGCCAUAUCCCAUUCUGUUUUUGUGAAAGGAGGCCAAGCCAACGUCGAGAUUGAGCCAUCGUUCGGAGUGGAAGCUUCCGAGCUCUACCCCGAUGUCAAAUACACCGCCGUGGAUCAGUAUCUUGAUCAGAUCAUCUGAUUCUUGAAGCUGAGUGUGCAGGGUAAUUUCUCACAUCAGCUUAGAACACGAGUAAUAUUGGAUUUUGCUUCUCAGGAUCUGAGUGUGAAAGGUCGCUCCCCAUGUUUGUCUUUCUCCAUUUUCGUAUGUUAUACGUUCCACAUCCUCGGUGUGGGUAUUGAAUUGGAGCGCUCCUGAUGCCCGAUGCCAUACGUGGUUUCCUGGUUUUAGACCAAAGAUAAGUAUGUGGUUUCAAUUUGGGUUCAAACGAGAAAAGAGUUAAAGACAUAUCAAGCAUCAUUUCCCCUAGAACCCCUUUCCCAAUCUGUAUUAGCUUUCUCCUACUAUGUAUACGAAUAUCAAUUGUCA